AUGGCGCGGCCGUCGCACCGCAAGGCGACGAGUCCCUCGGUGGUUCUUCACGCCACCCGCGUGAAGCGACGCUCGCAGCCGUUCGACCCGGCCUUACCGACGCUCACAGUAACGAGCGUUCUUGCCGAAGUUGACGUGCACCUGAAGAGCAGAGUUCCCGCCGUGCGCGCGACGACAGCCCCCGCAACACCGCGCGGGACGCCUCGGCAGCCCACGACACCGCGGCAGCCAUCGCGCCCCCCAUUGGUCCAUCAGGCAUCGUCCAAGAAGAACAUGAUCACACGCACGCUGCCGCGCACCGAGACCGAGUUGGCUAUCAUGGCCUUUCAACAUUUGUUUGUGGAUCCGCCAUUGGAUUUGGAAGGCCGACCGAGUACGCCUCGGGCCGACGACGAGAAGAAGUUGGCCACCGUCGCCUCGUUCGUGCCCCCCAAGGCGUCGGACCACAACUCAUCCACCACCGGCUGGAGCAUCAAGGAUGUGCAGCACAACUACGGCUGGGGCGGCAAGCAGCACUUUAUGGCGCGCCUGCGCAAGGUCAACAUGUCCUCUACAGCUCCCGCCGCGCCGCGCACCGCAAGUACGACCAAAGUCGACGCUGAUUCGGAACACAUCACGGACGACAAUAUCAAGUGCGCGGACGACUACAUUCGCACGUGCCUGCAGAAGCACUUGGUGCCGGAGCCGUUCAUCAUCCCAAAGCGCGAGGCGUGCGCGAUCGACUUGUCGUACUACGGCGCUGGUAACCGACCAAUCGAAGCCCUCUCGAGCUGCCUCGCGUCGAUUCCCAAGCUCCAGACGCUAGUCGUCCGUGAGAACCGUCUCACGGAUGUCGCCGUCGCCAACGUGGUGAAGAGCUCGGACUUUACACGCCUCUUGACGCUCAACUUGUCCAACAACGAAGUCAAGCAGGCGACGGUGGCGGCGCUGAGUGACUUCCUCGACGCCCAUCACGUUCUCCAAACGCUCGUCCUCUCCGAUUGCGGGCUCUCGAUCGAAGGGCUAACGACGCUUGGCGCCGUCCUCGGGCGCAGUCGCAGCCUCACGGCGGUAGAUGUGAGCAAAAACAAGCUCGACGAUGCGUGCGGCGACGCACUGCGGGCCAUGCUCUGUGCGAACGGCCACCUAACGCUGCUUGACCUGUCGUGGAACUGCCUUCGCGCCAAGACGGGCACGGCGCUCGCCCACGCCCUCGCGGUCAACACGACGCUGCAAACCCUGCGAGCGGCGUGGAACGGCUUUGGCAGCGGCGGCGGGGCCAGUGCGAUCGCGCUCUCGCUGCGUCACAACAAGACGCUGCACACGCUGGACCUCACGGGCAACUCGCUGGGCGCACUGAGUGCGUUAAGUCUUGUCCGCGCGUGGGCCGACUCGACGACGCUCGAGAUUCUCUGCAUUGCGCAAAACCCGAUUGGUACGGAAGGCCUUCGCGCCAUCUUUCGCGCGUACAGCGACCCGCUCUCGAUGACCCAAGGCCGCACUGUGCAGUACGACGACUGCGGCCUGCAUACUGAGCCGGCGCGCUUCGCGCCCGUGCAGCUGGGCCACGUCGAGGUGGAUCUGGACGAUGCCGACUCGUUCUGGCGCGGGUUCGAGUACCUCUGGCUCUUGAAUUUAUACCCGUCGGCGGCGUCGUGGCGCGAUGUGCAGUACCAACUACCGCCCUACACCACAUCGGGCAGCACCAAGCUCGUAUUUGGCCGCGCUGAGCGAGCAACCAGUAGCAGCUACGGCACCGAGACGGUCCAGAAGCUGCUGGCGCUGGACGGCACACGGACGCCGUGGCGUCUCCCUCUGCACGGCCGGCUGCGGUUUGAGUUUACGUACAAGCCGCAGUCGACAGUGGUUUACGCAGAUGCGGUCAGCGUGUUUUGGCAAGCCUUCUCAGAGCUCGAGUUUGACUCGGACCGUGCCAAGUACAUCCAGCAUUUCUUACACGACCACUACAUCACAGCGUCCCAAGCGCAGUACCUCCUCGGGUCCAUGACGGCCGAGGCGGCCCACGCCCACGUCGCCCCCCUACUAUUGCAGCGGGUCGCCGACACCGCAGUCCUUUUCAACCGCACGCGACGGCUUCGGCACCAGUCAGUGCUGAAGGAACGGGCUGGGAAACUUCUCUUCUUCGACUCGCGGCUUCCCAAUGGACGCUACGCGCUCGACUUGGCCGCGCCCGUCGACAAGCGCUUGGCGUCGACGCUCGUGCGUCUCUCGGCCGACGACCGCCUCGAGAACAAGAAGACCGCCAGCCUCAACACGAGCCAGAACGGCAACUGGGAAUGUUUUCGCAAUGAAACGCUGGAUGGCGCCCCGUACAGUGUUUCCCGCGCCCAUGGCCUGCCGUCGAGUGGCACGUUUGCAUUUGAUUUUGUGCUCACGACGCGGAUCCCACGUGGCAGCGACGCAAUUCCCGAUGACAUGCUGGAUCAACUCUGUGUCAGCGUCACGGCACUCGCAUCGACUCCGGUCGCCGUCGAGAAGCCACCGGCUCCUCUCAAGCGACAUGGCAAGAAGGCGGUGAUCGUAGCCAGACCGACCUCCGUGGCGCCCGUGGUCCACGCGCCCCAUACCGACACGGGCUUUGAGCACCGCAAGCUCGCGGUUCGACAAACGUUUUCCGACGCUGCGUUUGGCAUUCAUUCGGCCCAGUUGGUGCGCCUCGCCCAUUGCUUUCAUGACGUGGCGUUCGGACAAGUCGAGAUUGUGGCCAUGCUCCUCAACCGCGUGCUCGAUCUCGACGACUUGCUCGUUGCAUUGGCGGCCGACUGGACACGCGAGAAUGUCGGCGAGGCGAUUCACCGCAUUGGCUGGCUCAACUUGUGGAACCCCAUGUUUGCCGAAAUGGAAUACCACUUGAACUUGAGCGUCUGGGAAGAAUAUCAAGUCACAUCGAUGCUGGCGCAGCUCGGCGACAUUGAGCCGGGCGAAAACUGGGUCGACGAGCGCUUCAACGACCAAUUUGGCUGGGAGCUGCCGCUGAGCUGGGUCCAAGGACGGAUUCCGCACACGGGGGACCUCUACUUGCGCUACACGACUGGUGCCUCCUUCAAGAACCGCGUCAACGCCGCGCGCGAAGAUAUGAAGAAGCGCGUGCUCUGCGGCAAGCCGCGCAAAAUGAUUACGACAAAGGACAAUGACGGCAGUCGCCACGUUGUCUUUGCGCCGACCGUGGCCCCUGCUACGCCACGGCGACAUAGUAUCUUGCGCGCCGCGUUUUAGCUAGGAUAUAUGUACAGUCAUGUACCCUUGUUCAACGU